AUUAGUAGAUUAGUGGCAAGCUUUUACCUGAAUUUUUGUAAGACUUCUUUCUUUGCUACUGUUCAACAAUGGCCAAUGUUCACACAAAGUUUAAUCCUACACCUCCUCAUUUUUUCAAGAUUAUUCUUCAGAAAACUCUUCAUGACAACAAGAUACAAAUCCCAAAGACAUUUUGGGUGAAACAUUGUGGGUCUUUAUCAAGUCAAGUAUUUCUUAAACUACCAUGUGGAUCAACAUGGGAGGUAGGACUAACAAAAACUAGUGAUGGAAAGAUUUGGAUAGAAAAUGGUUGGGAUAAAUUUGCACAACAUUGUUCUUUAAGUUGGGGAAAUUUCUUAGUCUUUAGAUAUGAAGAGAACUCUCUAUUCCAUGUUAUCAUAUUCGACAAAACCACUACAGAGAUAGAUUAUUCUCUUUUUGAGAAGCAUAAUGUUGAUAUUGAUGAAGAUGAGGAUUCUAUUGAAGUCUUGGACAACUUUUCUCCAAUACCAUGUUCCAGUUCUAGGCCCCACAAGAAAAUGAAAACUAGUACUGAUUAUGUCAUGAAGUGGGAUUUGUCUGAUAAAGUACGUGGAGAAUCUUCCCUACCAAGGUGGAUGAAACCUGAAAUCUUUUUAAGUAGGCAGAUGUUGGAUGCAAAAGACAGGGCUGAAGCUGUCAAGAGAGCUAAAGGUUUUCAAUCUAAAGACCCCUUUUUCAUGGUUUACAUGCAACCAUCCUUUGUUGGAGCUAAGUAUAAUAUGGUUAUACCAAUGCUCUUUGCAAAAUAUUACCUCCUCAGUAGCAGUAGUAAUUGUCAAGAUGUGAUCCUUAAGGUUCAGGAUGGGAGAACCUGGUCCGCUAAGUACUAUGUCAGACUGGAUAGAGGAUCUCCCAAAGCUAGACUCGAGCAUGGUUGGAAGGAAUUCGCUAUUCAUAAUGAUUUGAAAGUAGGUGAUAUUUGUGCCUUUGUUUUGAGGAAGAGUAUUGGGGUAAUGUUGUUUGAAGUUGUUACUUUUUCUGGAAAUGGAGUAGUGAACUCUCCUCUGUUACCAGAACUUAAUGCCAUGACAAAAGGAAGUCGGUCGAGUAAAAUAGAAUCUCAUAAAAUUAUGAACACUAAAAGGCCAUCCUUUACAGUUACUAUGCGUGAAGCCUAUGCAACUGGUCAUUGUAAUUUGUUCUUGCCGUACAAGUUUGUGAAGGAGUACCUUAAUAGGAAAGAAUGUGAGGUGAGACUUUGGGUUGCGGAUGGUAGAUGUUGGUUUGUCCAAUUGAAGGUGAGGCAGGCAAAUGGAUUACCAAAGGCUGAAUUAUGCCGGGGCUGGAUAGCAUUUGCCCGAGAAAAUAAUCUGCGAACGGGUGAUGUUUGCAAGUUUGAAUUAAGUGUUAACAAUGGCAAUGAAGUUUCAAUUCUAGUUUCCAUUGUUAAGGGUGCUAAUGUUGUGGAUGAUGCAUAUAACAAGAUAGCUGCAAUUAAGAGAAAAGCAACUACACCUUCCAAGCUAAAGAGAAAUCCUCAUGUGAAAGUUGAAUCUUCUUUUACUCAUCAGAAACUGAAUAUAAAGAAAGGACAUGAGAAAACUAAAGUUGAACUUUCAGCCAUGCCAAAAGGAAGUGGCCUAAAACAAACUACAGUUCUUGAAAGAGGAAGCUCUUCUCAAUCUGAAAGGCCAUCCUUCACAGUCAUUAUGCACGAAACUUAUGCAACUGGUCGUUGUUAUUUUGUCUUGCCAUACAAGUUUGUGGAGAAAUACAUUAAGAAGAAAGAAUGUGAGGUAAGACUUUGGCUUCCGGAUGGUAGAUGUUGGUUUGUCCAAUUGAAGGUGAGGCAGGCAAAUGAAUAUUCAAGAGCUGAAUUGUGCCGAGGCUGGAGAGAAUUCGCGUUGGAUAAUAGUCUGCAAGCCGGUGAUAUCUGCAAGUUUGAAUUAACUAUUGAGGAUGGGGAUGAAGUUUCAUUUAAAGUUUCCAUUGAUAAGGAUUAUGAUUAUGAUGAUGCAUAUAACAAGAAAGUUGCAAAUAAGAGAAAAGCAAUUACACCUUCCAAGCUAAAGAGAAAUCCUUAUGUGAAAGUUGAAUCUUUUUUUGCUCAUCACAACAUGAAUAUAAAGAAAGAACAAGUGGAAAUUAAAGUUGAACCUAAUAUUUCAGACAUGUCUAUGAAACUGAAAUCUGACAAUCAAGGCAGAGCUUCUAAGGCAGCCAGCAAAUUCUUCUCAAAAAAUCCUCACUUCCAAGUCGUUUUGCGAUCAAAUCACGUGUAUGGAUAUCAAUUGCCUUUUCCAAGGAAAUUUGCAAGGCAAUAUUUAGAGGGAAAGGCUCAAGAUAUGAGUCUAUGGGUUGGUGAGAAAUAUUGGGUUGUGAAGUUAUUACUUUAUACAUCAAAAUGUGAGUUUGGUGCUGGAUGGGCUGCAUUUGCAGUAGAAAACUCUCUCAUGCCAAAAGAUGUGUGCAUCUUUGAGCUAAUUAACAACAAUCAAGCUGAGAUGAAAGUUCACAUAUUUAGAGAAAGUGGUUUGGCUCAAGACUAGUAGCUUUUGUAAUUAUACUGAAGGUUUUUCUCUUGGAGGGUUGCUUUUAACUAACCCUUAAUAUUAUGACUUAUUGUUUGUGAAGUUAAUAUUAUGACUCUUGAAGUACUAUAUUUGAAGUGUGUUUUGGUGUAUAUUGGUGUUUGUUUGUGAAUUUAUGAUACUAUUAUAAUUCCCCAAGUUAUGAUUUC